AAUGAAUUGGGAGAGAAGAAGAAGGAGAGAGGAUAAUGGGAGAAGCGGAGGAAGAUAUUUUUUUUCUUUUUUUUUUAAGGGUGUUAAUGGCAAAAGGGUAAAUAUGAAUGAAUAGGGAGGUUAAUUAGUGGAUGUAGUGACACUGCGUCUCUCUCGCUCUCUCUGUCAGCGGCGGGCUUAUCUGAUUAAUUGUUUGCCCCCAGCGACGAUUUCAAUUUCGAACCCUAAUAAACAUUUUUUUUUGCUUACAAAUGUCGAGACGAUGAGGAAGACAAUCACGUGAGGGAACACGUGAUAUUUUUUUUUUACGUUUUAUCGAAGCCCAAAUGAUUUUUCAAUCUGGCCCAAUUUCUUGACGUAACUUUGUUGCUUUAGAGAGUUUUGUUUUAAUCUAAAAGUAAAAGAAAAAACUCAAGGAGAGUUUUGUUUAGUGAAAUAAAAAUCAGUUUGUCAUAAAAAUAAAUUUUUAGUAAUGUCGACAACCAAGAAUUAACCUUUAGUCGGUUCUUGGUGUAAUGACGGUUUCUUGACGGCAGUCUUUGUUUUGGACAGUUUUCAGCCACCACUAUAUUGUUGCUCCUUUUUUUUUGAGGCUUGGGGAUAAGAGACACUUCGGUAAACAAGAAGCAUGUUUGCUUUUCAGUGUGUCAUCAGUUGAUCCAUGGACUUCUCUAUGAUCAUGCGGUUUUGGAUUGGAUUUGUUACAUUUAAGCUCGAUGUAUAAUCAAUUAUUUGCAAAUGUUUCUAUCUUGUAAGGUUUAAGAGACUAUUCAUUUUUAGUGCAACAGUUGAUCAAUGAAUUCUCUCAUAUCAUGCAGCGAUCACUGGUUAUAUUGUUUGGAUUGGAUUUGUUAGAUUUAGGCUCGAUUUAUUAGCAAUUAUUUUCAAACAUUUCUAUCUUUUAAGGUCUAAGAGACUAUUCAUUUUUAGUGUAGCAUCAGUUGACACAUGACUUCUCUCAUAUCAUGCAGCGAUCACUGGGUUAUGUUGUUCAGAUUAGAUUUGUUACAUUUAAACUCGAUAUAUUAUCAAUUAUUUUCAAAUAUUUCUAUAUUUUAUAGUCUAAGAGACAAUUCAUUUUUCCAUAGAGCAAAUAUGUUUUCACAAGUCACAAUGGCAUAAUAAUUUAUCGAUAGUCGAUUAGAAUUUUUUUUUCAUCAAAUAAAAAAGGAUGCAAUACGAAGACUUUUAGAUAACGUAGGUAUUAUUUGAGUAUUCAUAGGUGAUACAAGAUGGUACUUCACUGUCUUUGUGGUUAAAAUCUCCGCUGAAAUCAAAAAUCUUGUAUAUUGGAUAAUGAGAUGUAGUUUAGCCAGAAAAAGAAAACUAAGAACCAACCAGAUAACACAUAGAGUGGCACUAUGGUAGAUUUUACAAAACAUCUCAGGGUAAAAACGUGAUUCACAUUAAAAGCCAAACAUUACAUAAAAGCAUACCAGUCUCCUCCAAGAGGGAGAGAAAUUUGAAAACGAGUGGCCGUUGGGUUUCGAAUCCAACCAAAAAAAGACAGAAAUUCAAAAAGACAAAUCUCACCCAAAAAAUAAUAUUAAUAUCCAAUAAAAUAAAGAGAGAAAAACCUUUUCGAGAACUUCAAAAAUCAAACUUACUCCAAAGAAAGAGAGAGAGAGAAGUAGAAGAAGAAGCACAAAGUCCAGAGAGAGAGUUUCUUCAUUGUUCGAGCGAUCUUUGUCUCUACCACAUCCUUUUGUCUCCUUCUUGGGUGAGCAAUGACGGGGCUUGUGAUGGUGACUAAAUCCACCGUUGGCUGCGGCGGAGGAAAAGGAGGAGGGAAGACCAAAUCCACCGUGGAGGAGGAGGAAGAGCAGAACCAGCAACAACUCUCUCUUGUUGAGUUUCUACUAACAGCUCUCCGUAAAUCCGUAAUAUCCUGCCGUGUCGACAAUAACCAGCAAGACGACGUCGUAGGAGGAGGAGGAGGGAUCUCCUCAGCCGUUCAUCACAUGGAGAUCGGAUGGCCAACAAACGUCCGACACAUCACUCACGUGACGUUCGAUAGAUUCCGUGGCUUCCUCGGUCUCCCGCACGAGCUUCAAGUCGAGAUCCCAUGUCGUGUCCCUAGUGCAAGUGUGAGUGUGUUUGGUGUCUCUGCGGAAUCAAUGCAAUGUUCUUAUGACAACAAAGGAAACAGUGUCCCAACUAUUCUAUUACUAAUGCAGCAAAGACUCUACUCUCAACAAGGUCUCAAGGCUGAAGGGAUCUUUAGGAUAAACCCUGAGAACAGCCAAGAGGAGCAUGUGAGAGACCAACUCAACAGAGGUGUUGUUCCUGAGAACAUUGAUGUGCACUGCUUGGCUGCUCUUAUCAAAGCCUGGUUUAGAGAGUUGCCUUGUGGGGUCCUUGAUGGUCUUUCUCCUGAGGAGGUUCUUAACUGUAAUACCGAGGAGGAAUCUGUUGAGCUUAUAAAGCAGCUGAAGCCUACUGAGUCUGCUUUGCUGAGUUGGGCUGUUGAUCUUAUGGCUGAUGUUGUUGAGGAAGAAGAGUUUAAUAAGAUGAAUGCGAGGAAUAUCGCCAUGGUUUUUGCUCCUAAUAUGACUCAGAUGACAGAUCCAUUAACGGCUCUUAUGCAUGCUGUUCAAGUUAUGAACUUGCUUAAGACCCUCAUCACCAGAACACUAGGCGAACGUGAAGAAGCCUCAAGCGGAUCAGAAGGAUAUUCACCAUCCCAUUCAUCAGAUUCCCAAACUGAUUCUGAGUCUGACAAUGCACAAGACAUGGAAGUUAGCUGUGAAUCACAAGGAACAGAUUCAGAAUCUGGAGGAGAAGAAGAACAACAAGAACAACAAGAUGAAAACGAUACUGGAUCAUUAAGCUCGAUAGAGGACUGCUUCUUGAGUCAGCUCAACGACAAUGCUAGAGUUUCAGACACCAGUAUGUCUGAAGACUUGAGCCCAAAAGGCUCUCCGGUGGUAUCACUCACAGACAACAAAAACAACACUUUAGGCUCAAGCACAAGCGACCAAGAUGAAUCUAUGACCGUCUAAUUUCAACACUUUAGGUAAACCAUCACAUUUCUUCUGCCUAAUCUGCUGGAGAGAGAGCAAACAAGAACCGGUUGUGUCUGUAAAUCAAUACAGAGAUUAUUGUCCACUUUGUUAGGGUCUUUAGGGAUUGUUGGUGCUGAGUCUGAUUAGGGUUCAGCAAGGGCUGAACCUGUCUGUGGACUGUUGUUGUAGUCCUUUACUCCAUGUUUGUGUUUGUCUGCGUGUGUUUUGCUGCGUGUGUUUUGCUGUUUGGUUUGUUGUAGCAAAGAUAAUGUGAUCUCUCUUUUACUUGAUUUCAUUUGAAACAAUGAA